UAUAAAAUGUAGGUCACUUGUACAUUCCCAACAAAGUCAGGUGCGAAUUUACCGUACAGCAGCUCAGUCUUGCAGGUUGAGGGCCUUGACGAGAGAUUUGCAGCAGACAGAUAACUGCUCUUCAUUUUUCCUCUUUCCUCAUCACGAUGGCAUCAGCUGUUAGAGCAGCUCGCACACAGCUACAGAAAUUAAGCACCUGCCAAAUCUAUGCUGUGCAGAAUAAUUCCAGAGUCAUUUCUGCAAAGGUAGACAACAGGCGACGUUACUCCCACUACGAACAUGUUUACAACAAUGCAUUCAUGAAGUCCAAAACCAAACCUGACGAAUUCUGGGCUGAAGCUGCUGAAAACAUUUCAUGGAUGAAGAAAUUCGAUAAGGUUCUUGAUAACUCCAAUCCACCUUUCUCAAAAUGGUUUGUUGGAGGCCAGUUGAACACGUGUUACAAUGCAAUUGAUCGCCAUGUGGAACAAGGCUAUGGUGACCAUGUAGCAGUGAUUCAUGACAGCCCUGUGACCAAUACACAGCAGAAGAUUACUUUUGCACAACUGCAGGAUCAGGUGUCUAGAUUUGCAGGUGCCCUAACUAAGCAUGGUGUUAAAAAGGGGGAAGUGGUGUUGAUCUACAUGCCUAUGAUCCCAGAAGCAAUCAUAGCUAUGCUGGCCUGUGCAAGAAUUGGGGCUGUACACUCAUUAGUGUUUGGUGGGUUUGCUGCCAAAGAGCUUUCAACAAGGAUUGCUCAUGCAGAGCCUAAAGUUAUUGUGAGCGCCAACUGUGGAAUUGAACCUGGCAGAGUAGUUUCCUACAAACCUAUACUUGACGAGGCCAUACAGCUGUCUGGAUUCCAACCCAAUGCAUGCCUGAUUUACAACAGAACAUGUUCUGAGGCAUCGGGACUACCGCUCCCUGCUGCUGACAUGACCAGUGGUAGAGAUUAUGACUUUGUUGAAGAGCUUUCAACCAGCCAGCCACAUGACUGUGUCCCUGUUGAUGCCACAGAUCCUGUUUAUUUGCUGUAUACAUCAGGAACAACAGGGCUGCCAAAGGCUGUGGUGCGGCCCAGUGGUGGACAUGCUGUUGCCCUGCACUGGUCCAUGUGGAACAUCUAUGGCAUGAGACCUAGAGAGGUGUGGUGGGCAGCCUCUGAUCUGGGGUGGGUGGUAGGACACUCCUACAUCUGUUACGCUCCUCUGCUGCAUGGAAACACAACUGUCAUCUUUGAGGGCAAACCAGUUGGUACACCAGAUGCUGGUGUGUUCUUUAGAGUUCUGGAAGAGCAUGAAGUGUCCUCCAUGUUUGUUGCUCCUACAGCACUCAGAGCUAUCAGAAGAGAGGAUCCUGAUGCAGUCUUGAGCAAGAAAUAUACCCCCAAGAAGUUUCGUGGUUUGUUUGUUGCUGGUGAGCACUGUGACCAUGAGACUAUGGAGUGGGCAAGAGACAUUUUGCACAAACCAAUCCUAGAUAACUGGUGGCAAACAGAAACUGGUUGGGCCAUCACUUCCACUUGUGUUGGUCUUGCCAACCACUUGUACCCUCCACCAGGUGUCGCUGGUAAACCUGUACCAGGAUAUGAUGUCAAAGUUAUCAGAGAUGAUGGAAGUGAAUGCAUUGAUGAUGAGCUUGGGAAUAUUGUUGUCAAGUUACCCCUGCCUCCUGGAACUUUUUCGACACUGUAUAAAGCAGAUGAAAGAUUCCGUGAUGUGUAUUUCAAGAAAUUCCCAGGUUACUAUGACACCAUGGAUGCAGGUUUUCGUGAUCACCUUGGAAACAUAGCUGUCAUGGCACGUGCCGAUGAUGUCAUCAAUGUGGCUGGUCACAGGUUGUCCACUGGGCAACUUGAGGAGGUGAUGCUUGAACUGAAUGAACUUGCUGAAUGUGCUGUGGUUGGAGUGAAGGACUCCCUUAAAGGACAAAUUCCCAUUGGACUGUGUGUACUGAAAGCAGGGGUAACCAAGCCACAUGAUGAGAUCAUUGCCAGUGUCGUUAAGCAAGUAAGAGAUCACAUUGGACCUGUGGCCAGUUUUAAGAAAGCAGUUAUUGUUCAUAAACUGCCUAAAACCAGAUCUGGAAAGAUUGCAAGAAACACUAUUGCUGCUAUGGCUGAUGGGAAACCAUUUAAGAUCCCAGUGACCAUCGAAGAUGCUGGUGUGUACCCUGACAUCAAGCGCGCUCUUCAGGGCAUUGGCCUUGCUCCAGAUGUUGUGGAGGAGCAAAAGGCAAUGAAAGUUUGAGUUCAGUGGAUUGAAAAAAGAUAAAAGAAGGGCCCUGUAUGUCCUGCAACUGUAAAAGAGAAGGCCUGCAGUCUUGAAAUAAAGCCGAAGUUACUAUCUGGCAAAUUUGGCAUAAACGUAAUGUGCUCUGAAACCAGGUGGUAAGAAGGUGUACAGAUAUUAACAGAUCAUUAGACAUACUCUAAAAACUGUAAUUUACUUAAAAGCUUGUGGAAACAAAUUUAAUACAAGUAAACCAGGAAGUUAUGGCAAAAGUAUACAUAAAAAUCAAUGAACCGGGAAGUUUUCUUAAUACGUCUGCUCUUUUUAUAAAGCGUAUCUAAUCUCUUCCUUAAAUAAGAGGUUUGUAUGUAUACAUAUAUAUACUUUCAGUCUAGACACUCUUAAGGGACUGUAUUCAUCAUUUUUUUCCGAGUCCUCGGCAACUUUGUAGUACUUAACACUUUAUCAAGGUCUAUAUGAUAAAAUACGCCAGAAAUAUAUUUUAAGACCACUUUAAUCUUCGCUUGACUAUGAUUAAGUGAACAUGCAGUCACAUGCAGUCUUUACAUUUGCAAUUUUUGAGCAACAAGUACUGAUUUGUUUACUUUUGAAGGAUGUCACAAACUAUUGAAAUUUAAGUUGAGGCUAUUUGAAAAGAAAAUAGGGAAUUUUUCAGACAGCAGCAAUCCUGUGUACUGUCCUUUAAAUUUUUUUGUAAGAUACAAGUAUAUAAAGAUCUCAGUUAACAUUCUAACAGUGUUUCUGGCUGCUGUAAACUGAAAGCUGAAUCAUAUGUAUGGAUCAUGAAGUCCAGUUUUAGGACUGAUAAACAACAUAUUUCUUGUAACACACGGUGGCCAUUAAAGAAGCCAGAGUAAAAUAUAAGAGACUUUUCUAUGCAUUAAAGGUAAUUACAGUGAUCUGUUGAUUAGGUUGACAUCAGCUAAAUAAGCUUUUUAGUAAAAGUUGAAGGAUUACAACAUAUAUUUUGUUUUGGCCCAUAUAUUGUUAUAGCACUUAUCAAAGAACAAAGACCUCUCAGUCAUGAUAUUAUACACUAUUAUAAGCAAACUUUAUCCUGACAAGAUGUGAUCAAUUUACUUUUUAAGGUGCCUUUGCCAUACAUUUUAAAGAAAUUUUUGGAAUAAUUUGUAGACACCUUCCAAACUGCACUAUUUUAAUAAUAUCAAUAUUUAGUUGAUAAUUCAAAGGUAAUUGACCUAUUUAUGCAGCAUUAAUUAAACCAUUACUUUUUUAGAGGAGAAGGGGGAGUAUGCUAUGCAGAUUUUAUCUGAUUGUAUUUAUAUAUGUAUUUGGAAUAUAUACCUCCACAUUUAUUAAGAUAUUAUAUAGUUUAUAAGGUGAUGGGUGAUAUGUUAUAAACGCAACAAAUUUGUAAAAUUCUGUCUUGAUAUAUGAAAGAUGACAGUGCUUAUUUUGCAUAUAAGAUAUUUUGUAUAAUUGUAUAGCAAUACAAUAUUUUGAUAAGGUUCAAGGAUGAAGUACAUGAUAGGUACAUGACAAGCAAUAGUAUGAGUGGUUUCUUUCACAUUUUAUCAUAAUUUUUUGUGAAAUGUUAUACCAUUGUGUCAGCAGAAAUUUUUUGUUUGUUUUUGAAUUAAUGACAAGUACCAUUUGCAAGUGCCAUGUACUACUCUGUUAGUCUUCAGAAAAUCAAUUGUUAGUCAUUUGAUAAAACUUAUUACACUUUGAUAAAACUUCACACACUGAACUCUUUUCGAUGGGGUAAAAAUGUUUUCCGUGGAGAUUCUUUUUUGUACUUUUUAGAUCAGGUAGGAACGUUUUGUCAUAAAAUUGCCAUUAUUAGAAUCUAGUUCUGUUAUUUGAUAUAAACUUGUAAGUUGUUAUAAGUGCCUUGUUUUUUCUUCAGAACAUUUAAGCUGUCCACAUUGAAUUUUUGGUGAUCCAUGUAGAUGUUGAUGAUGGGAAAGCAUUAUUAAGACUGAUUAUUUAGUUUUGCAAUAAAAGUUUUUAUGAUACCUUGA